UGGAGGAUCUUCGGCAUUACAUAUCCCAGCAUUCCCCAGUGGUGGCUGCCUCAUUGACUAUGUGCCUCAAGUGUGCCAAUUACUCACAAACAAGGUUCAGUAUGUCAUUCAAGGAUAUCACAAGAGGAGAGAAUACAUUGCUGCUUUUCUCAGUCACUUUGGAAUGGGUGUGGUAGAGUAUGAUGCUGUUGGGUUUACCAAGCUCACCCUUCUGCUCAUGUGGAAAGACUUCUGCUUCCUGGUCCAUGUGGACCUGCCUUUAUACUUCCCUCGAGAUCAACCCACCCUCACGUUUCAGUCUAUCUAUCACUUCACCAGCAGUGGGCAGCUCUACUCUCAGGUGCAGAAAUCGUACCCCUACAGUCCACGCUGGGAUGGCAACGAGAUGGCCAAGCGGGCCAAGGCUUACUUCAAAAGCUUUAUCCCUCAGUUCCAGGAGGGGGCUUUUGCCAACGGAAAACUGUAGAUUUACUGUGUGUGAAUUAGGAGCUCUCUGAUUUGAAUGGAGGGUCUAUGAACAUGAUGUACAGGAGUCAAGCAAGAGUCUGUAAAAGAAACCUGACUCACAAGUCUGCCAACUGGUCCUCUUCAAUGCUCCGGCCCUCACAAGCAAUGUCAUUUGGUACAUUUAAAAGUACUGUGUGUAUUUUCUUGUAUAAUUUAUAUGCUAUUUGUGUUUUCUCAUGUUCUUUAUGAAUAGAUUGCAUCAAUAAAUCAAGUUACUUUG